UUGUGCAUUUUGGAGUAGUGGUAAAUUUUUACAAGCAUAACUAUUUAUAUGCGGUUUUUAUGUAAAUAAACCAAAGCAUACGUAGUCAAAUAAUUCGUAAAGUCAACGCUUUCAGAUCAAUGACUUAACAUCAACAACUGUGUUUUGGCAUUAUUGAGAAAAGAAAAGAGAAAGAAAUAGAAAAUCUGAAGUGAAGUGCCACAAAACAUAAGUAACAGACCAAUUAUAAACGAAUUUGCUAUAUAUAGAAAAUAGGCAAAAUAGAUAAAGCCAAUAAGCAACGAACGAACGAACAUUUCUAACCCUGUUUGACCACCGACUAGUAAACAACAUAAAACGCAUAAGAUAUGGAGGCCCCACCAAUGUUUAACAGCGUCGAAGACGAGUGCAGAUACUGGAAAGAGCGCUCAAAACAGUAUCACAAAGAGUGGACAGAUGUGAAACAGGAAUACGAUGAGUAUGUUGAACAGUCGAGAGAAAUGGAAGCUGAAAUGGACGCCACUCUGGAGCAAAAACAGAGUAUAAUCAAAGAUCUCAGAGCCAAGCUUAAUAUGUUAGAGAAAGAAAACGAUUCCCUCAAGCUCAAGCUAGACUCACAUGGCAUUGAAAUGUCAAAUCUGGAUAAGCAGCUGGAGACGGUAAAGAAGGAACGCGAUUCCAUGAAAGAAUACCUGCGACAAUUGGAGCAGAAAAACGAUGAUCUGGAGCGUGCACAUCGCAUACUCAACGAGAGCAUAGUAGACUUUGAGAAGAUGUUGGACAAAGCCUAUGAAAAGAAUGCACUCCUUGAGAUGGAGGUGGACGAGAAGGAGGUUCUGCAAGAGAAGUUACAGCGACUAAUGGACGAGACUCGUGAUCUCAAACAAGAGCUCAAUGUGAAGUCGCGCUACACUCCAGCGAAUGGCACAACAACAACAACAACAACAGCAUCAUCAGCAGCUGGUAACAGCUCGAUGAACUCCUCAGCAUCGCUGCCCAAUGGUAUUGUGGGCAAUGGUGAUAUACUGCUGCAACAUGACAAUGCCACCACAAAGGCGACUAGCAUGAGUGUGAAUGCUCUAAAUGGCAGUUUAAAUAAUAGAAACGAAUAUAAUCAACAGCAACAUUCGCUUAAAAAUCCCGAGAACCUUAUCAAUGGCAAUGCUAUGAAUGCCAGCUCCCGCACCACGGCGCUCAACAUUGUGGCCGACAUGUUAAGAAAACUGAACUUGGACAAGGCCUUGUUAUGUCCUGAUUGUCAAAGGUUUCGCUGCACUUGUGAGCGUGCUGCACUGUCGCCAGGCAGCGAAACGAGUCUCUUUCGUCGAGCCUUCGUCAGCACGAGCAGCGCAAGUGGCAGCAACUCCGCCUUGGCAACGCCCAGCAGCGAGGGCAGCAACAGCGGCAGCUGGACGGACUGCAACGCUAGCCGGCGAGCCAGUUUGGCCAGCCUACAGUUUGGCACAAACAUAUUUAAGCGCUUCGCUGAGCGCAUGCGCAGCAUACAGGACUCUGAGCGUAUGCCAGGGCCACCUGAGCUGUGAUGCACAAACCAACGAUAUUUGUAAUUGCU